GCUUGAUAUCUGCUGCUCGAGCGCAGGCUUGGGAGGAUAUCUGUUGUGUUCCCAGAACCUCUCGGAACUCGCUUCCCGUCCUCCCGAAACAUACUUUACGUCCGUUAUUCUCCAUCGGUGACGUCCCUCUCGUCGAGCAAAAGAUGCAACCACGUUAAAUCUCUUGCCUUACAUUGAGUGUACCGCAUGGAAUCGCCUACGUCUCUCCCUGGACCGAGCCAGAGCGGGCUAUCUUCACGAUCUCGCAGCAACACGAAGCUGGUCGACGAUGUCACGAGUCUAACGUCUUUCAAUCCCUUCUCGGAAGAGGACGAGAACGAUCAAUCUUCCUACGCGCUGGUGUCUUCCUUGUUUUCGAAGCUGAAGAGCACCUUUACCGAUCCGCUGUCGCAAGCGGUAGCUGUAGCUUCUGGAGCGCCGACUAUCACCAGUAAUGGACAGAAAGAGAGCACUGCGAAGUCAUCCAGUACUACUGAACUACGACGGCCGUCCAACUCGGUGCUUCAGCACCAGACCUCUAACGUCUCCUCCCGAUCGUCCACGGAUCGUCAUGCUCCUCUUACUGUUCUAUUACCCAAGACUGCUCCUCCACUUGUUUCGCUUACGCCGGUAGUAUCCGAAGCGCCAUCAUUCAAUGGCGAAUAUGAUAGGCCACCAUCUCGGGGUGGGUUGAUGAAUUCACCGGCAGUGGAAACUCCAGAUGGGGGAGCAUACGGCACUGCGAUCCCUGGAUUCCCAAUACAAGAUGACGCUCGGAGUAUAAGAACCACUAUGAGCGUGAGGAGGUCAGAUUCAGUGUCCAAGGUCAUGCGGAGGAUACGCGGGGAGGGCCUCUCGAAGGAUUACUGGAUGGAUGAUGAAAACUGCAAGGAAUGUUAUGACUGCAAGAGUGUGUUUACGACCUGGAGACGGAAACAUCAUUGUCGUAUAUGCGGGCAAAUCUUUUGCUCGAGAUGUGCUUCCAACAUAAUCAAAGGCUCCCGAUUCGGCCACGACGGCAUGCUUCGUGUCUGUAAUCUUUGCCUCGAGAAAUUGCAAAAGGGUGACCAGGAGGACGAAGAUGACCGACGGUCCGUUACAUCUGCGCCUACAUCUGCAGCCUUUGCAGCUCAUCAGUUCGGAAUGGACGCUAUGUCCUUUGGCUUGGGUCAUCACCCUCAGUCUCCGUUCGCGGCGGCACAGCUGUUCGGGCGGUCCGACGAACCUUAUAACUUAUUCUCGAUAGCUGAGGCUAGGAAUAGACGUGCGGCCAACCGGUCGGAUGAUAGCGGUCUCUCCUCUCCUGCACGAUCUAUGUCCCCGGACGAUCUGGUAACCAGAGACGCCAUGCGUAAGAGUAUAGCGCCUUUCCGUCGCGGUGUUCACGAAGACGAGAAGGACGUGUUCGAUGUCCAGGAUGCGUCCUCUGAGCGUCCCGACCAAUCACCAAGGGGUGGUACUAAAACUCCUGUAGACUUCCCGAUAACCGUGCCCGUGAAUGUCGAUGGGACUAGCUCAAUUCAGUUUCCAGGAUCAUCACCAGAAAAUGCGUAUUCAGCGGGUAUUGUGGACAGCCCGGGACCGCACAAUGCUCUGAGGUCACGGUAUAACUCUUAUGCAGGCUACGACGAUCCUGGCACGCCAUUUAUCAGAAGUCGUGUACAGAGCCGAUUGACGGAAUACAUGAUUCCCGGGGAGCCCGCUUGGCGACAGCGGAGAGAAAGUACAGCCUAUGCACAGGAGCUGAACUUGAUCUCGAUGUUCCAUUUGCGGAUUAUGUUGCGACAGAUGCUGACCAAGGAAGAAAUACCAAAUGUCAAGGAGUGGGAGGAGACGCUGCUGAAGUUGGCACUUCGUAUUGCUCGUGAAUUGACGUUCACUGCGUACCCCCAGCGACAAGGCGCAGAUAUGGAUGUCCGCCGGUAUGUUAAGAUCAAGAAGCUUCCGGGUGGUACUCCUCAAGACUCUGAAUACGUGGACGGUGCAGUCAUUACCAAGAAUGUCGCGCACAAGCAGAUGUCUCGGACCCAGCGGAACCCUCGGGUGAUGCUUGUUACCUUUCCACUCGAGUUCCACCGAGUGGAAGGGCAGUACAUGCAUUUCGGACAGAUCGUGCGGCAGGAGAAGGAAUAUCUCGGCAACCUUGCAAGUCGAAUUGCAGCGCUCAGGCCGCAUGUACUGCUGGUUGAGAAGUCCGUCUCGCGACUCGCGCUGGACGCGCUUGCGAAGCAUCGGAUAGCCGUCGCGAGAUCGGUGAAGGGGUCUGCGGUCCAGUUUGUUGCACGCAUGACGCAGGCGGAUGUGUUCUCAUCCAUUGACAAGUUGGCUCUGGAGCCUCGAUUAGGACACGCAUCGAAUUUCCGGAUCCAGACGUUUGAUCAUCCUUUGAUCCCAGGGCGGCGUAAGACCUUCAUGCGCUUUGAGGGAUGCAGUCGGGACAUGGGAUGCACCAUUAUCGUCCGUGGGGGUGACAUUGAGGUGUUGAGGAGGAUUAAGAAGGUCACCAGAUUCCUGGCCUUCAUCGUCCGGAACUUGAAAUUGGAGACGCAUCUAUGGAAGGACUCGCUCAUAACAUUGCCGCCACUCUCGAGCCUCGCAGUUCCGUCCAACGCGGAGUCCACCGAACAUGAUCCGUUUGCCAACUUCGCAGCUACCUUUGACAAUCAAGGGGAUACUGGGAGUUCUUCGGCUCACAAUGAUGAUAUGGACAGCGAGGGUGAUGCCAGAAGCGUAGUGGAUGAAGACGCAGAGCAGUUGAAACUCUCUAGAAGAAUCCAAGAAUCCUUAGAGCCAUAUUUGAACACGUUCAUAUCCGUUUCGGCGACUUUGCGCUUCCCCCCGCCGUAUCCUAUCAAGAGGAUGAAAGAGCUAGAUGAUGAGCUCAUCAGGGCUAAGCAGGCCUGGGAAGAUGAAGUUAUCAGGCGAGAGGAGAAAGUCAACCACGGGCACCAACAAGAGAUGACCAUAACGCCUGCUUCUUUCCAAGAUGAACUAAAAGCCCAGAUAGAGGCGUUACCGGCAUUGCAUGAUCUGUCCAAAACACCGAAGCCCGGCGACGUUGAAGGUUCAUCGGGUUCAGAUACUCCAUCCAGUUACUUCGACGGUAAACAUACAUCGACUUCGUCCAUGUCCACAAUGGCCACUACCUCUCUGACCGCACCCGCUUCACCAGCCUUAUCGACCGUCGCACCUGACGAGACCCGGAUCCCGCUCAGGUCGGUUGCCGACAUCGCCCUAGAAAGCCAUUAUGGGCAAGUAAAGGCGCAGCAUGAGGAGCAACGAAGGGUCUGGGAAUGGUAUCUUCGAAAGAACCGCGACGACUUCGUGGUCGAGAAGUAUCAAUGUAUCAGUCUAUGGGAGUUCACCUUACCCAUAGCUGAGUACGAACGCCACCGCGCCUGCUUUCCGCCAAAACUCAAAUACGUCACCUUCUAUGGGGAGGGCGAUUGUACUUUGGGACAAUUCAUAGACAAAUCUAUCGUGGAGACCGUCCGUCAGUUCCUGGAUCCGAAAGCAGUCUGCUCGGGUAAGGGCUGCAAUCAGCCUCUUGCACGGCAUUGCAAGGUCUAUGUCCAUAAUGAGACUCGGCUGUUCGUUGGAGUAGAACAGUGGGACGGCCAAAUCAAAGGGCAGGCCGCUUACGCACCCUCACCGGACCUGAUCACUACUUGGAGCGUCUGCAGGAAGUGCGGGUCGGUCACACCGUUUAUACCAAUUUCGCAGGAGAUGCAAAGGUAUUCUUUUGCCAAGUUCUUGGAAUUGCACUUCUAUCCCGCGGACGUCCAGCUGGUUCAAGGGGCUGGUUGUCAGCAUAACAUCUACCGGGAUCACGUCCGAUACUUUGCCUUCAACGGCAUGUCUGUUCGGUUCCAGGCUGACCCUAUUACAUUGCAUGAAGUCGUGUACCCACCGAUGCGCAUCCGCGUCAGGCCGGAAACUCUUCUGGAGCUGAAAAAUACCGACUACGAGCGUCUAAUGAAUCGCAACACGACUUGGUACACAGCCCUUAUUCACGACCUCAGGUUGACAGAGAUUGAUGCUGCCACCGGCGAUGAAGAAGCUGACGCCCAACAAAGUGCUGAAAUCAAUGCACUAAUCGUUAGAGCCGAAACAGAGAGAAAUGAGAUCGCUCGACGGAUCAAUAAAGUGUACAAGGAGUCGUCCCCGACGGACACGCUAGCCCUGAACGAAGUACGCGCCUACAGACAGGACAAGAUUGUCGCAUGGCAGCAGGAGUUUGACGGGCUUCCUAAGCCAAGGGUCUCACAGGUUCCCUGGGAGAAAGGUGGGCGCAGAGUGUCUGCCUUUGGAACAGUACGCGCUAUGUGGCCCAGGAAACAUGAACUGUCGACAGCCUUCGAUCAGCACGCACCUUCAUCAAGUGUUUCAGAAGCUGAAGAAGUAGUCAUGCCUCCCAGAAGAUUAACAGGGGACUCGCUGACAUCGACGUCCUCUGCAUCCGAGGCAUCAGAGUCGGAUGUCGGCGAUGGCACUUUGCGCCGCAGCCAACUUCCCUCGGAUAAUGAACUUGUUUCGACCGAAGACACUACAAGCGCGCCUGUGACUGAACAAGCGAGCACGUCCGAUCCCGAUAGCGAUUCGACUAUCGGGGCUGUACCGGGCGAAGUAGAAAUGACUCUGUCACCAUCGACUGUCCGUCAAGCAGGUGCGGUGAGGGUUGACCCGGCACCUCCGCAACGCGUGUCGAGGCUGCCUAGGCGUUCUGCUCAACAACCCAGCGUGGCUGAGCUAGUCAAGAAAUAUCAAGAGUAUCUGCCACCUCAGGGAGUGCAAGAACUAGCGAAGACGGCUCUUCCUCCGCGCUAUCCGGAAAGCGAUCAAGAGUUUACUAGCCAACCGAUUCGGACCGUAAUUAAGACCAAACCACGCGGCAAUUUGCUUGCCAGGAAGGCUUCAACUUCAGAUUUCGAGCACAGUUAUGCCGCCAAUAUUGCCCCGCGGUACUUAGCGCGUCCACGACGUCAUGUUGCUCAAGGUACUCGAGCUCCAGGAGGCUUCGCAUCCUCAUUGGAAUCAGGCCCUACUUCCCGUCGAACUUCUCCCGACAAGCGACCGCCCUUCAUCCGGACCGCCACCGAUACCACCCUCCGAACCGGACGUACAUCGCCGCCCCCAGUCGCUUCUGGUAGCAGUACCUCACAGUUCCUCGCCGUCGGCAGAGGCUCCAGGUUGAAAGCGGUGAGAGGGAACGCGAAAGACAAAGCGCCCUCUCGCCCGACCUCCGCAGCUGGCCCCAAGUCGACCCUCCGCCGCAUAACACCCAGCCAGGGCAGCAAAGUCUCCAACAUAGCGAAGCAUUUUGAACGUCUUAGCAAAGAGAACGAGCGAUCCGGUAGGCAGCGAUAUGCUGUCAUCCGAGGUCGCAGACCGCGUCCUGUCGCUUCUGCUCGAGCUCGGGUUGAGGUACUCGAAAGCGUACAAGAUGUAAUCAGGGAUGAGUCAGAAAGCUCAGACUCUUCUAGUGAGGCUGACGACGAAGGGGGCGGCGACGAAGAAGACGUUCGCAAACCUCCGGAAGUUGAGACGAAAGUUGAUACGACAGUUGAAACCCCUACGGUUGUGGUCGAACGGGAAAUGGCUGGUGGGAUGCCCUCUGCUGAUCCCUCUGCCGGAGUCGACGGCGCGAAACACACAGGCCAACUCGUCGAGGUGCCACGAGCUCGUGAUAUCGCACAGGAUCUCCCUUCUUUCCCUCCGUCGCCCAUACUGUCGGGGACUCCUAUGACACAACAGCCAUCCCCUACGCACCCCUUUGCGGAACUUGAUAUGGGCCCGCCAGGUGCAGAGCGUCACUCUAUUUUGAAAGCGCUUUCUGGUUUCUGGCCGCAACAAUUCCCGCAACCUCGCUCCCGCAUGGAAAUGGACGCGGAUGAUCCUAUGGCGGAUCCUGAGCAUAUUUUUCGAGAAUCAUCAAUGGUUGUGCGCACCGACGAGCCUACUUCUAUCAUUGCACUGGCUCUGAAUUCUCCGCAAUAUCGCGAGAUGCUCGGCAAAUCUCGCGCGGAGAAGCGACAAGCGAGAGAGCCUAAGUUGACGGAAAGUGGAGAGGUGUUCAUGCCCGAUGAUCGUUCCGUGGCCGAAUCUACAUCCACCUGGGGUGUCGUUAACGUAGAAGUGGCUGAAGGAACGAAUCCAACGGAAGAAAUGCGUGUCCCCUCUUCGAAACUACCAUGGCAAAUCUCGUUCGAGAGCGGGGGCUUGACCAUCUCAUGCACUGUUUUGUAUCCCGAACAAUUCGACGCUCUGCGACGAACCUAUGAUUGCGAGAAGAGCAUGAUAGAAUCUCUAGCGCGGUGCAUCAAAUGGAACGCAAGCGGUGGUAAAUCAGGUUCCGCGUUCCUGAAGACCAGAGAUGACCGCUUCAUCGCAAAAGAACUCUCUAAGGCUGAGAUGCAGACCAUGGAGUCGUUUGGACCGGCUUAUUUCGAUUACAUGUCAUCUGCGGUCACUGCCAAGCGUCCCACCCUGCUUGCGAAAGUGUUUGGGUGCUACAAGAUAGCGUUCAGAAAAACUAAGGACAACGGAUCUGGGAGAUCGAAGUCGCUCCAGAUGAACCUCCUUGUUAUGGAGAACCUGUUUUAUGAUCGUCGAUUUUCGAAGAUCUAUGAUCUUAAGGGCUCCACUCGCAACCGUCACGUCCAGUCUACUGGACGGGAAAAUGAAGUUCUUCUAGAUGAAAAUCUAGUCGAGGUCGCCCAUCUGGUUCCAUUCUACUUGCGGGAGCACUCAAAGCGGAUACUACGUGGCGCAUUAUAUAACGACAGUAAAUUCCUGGCGGACAUUAACGUUAUGGAUUACUCCCUCGUGGUGGGGGUCGACAGCGAGAGGAAGGAAUUAGUUGUCGGUAUUGUCGAUUACAUCCGAACCUACACCUGGGACAAGAAGCUGGAAAGCUGGGUGAAGGAUCUGGGCGCCGCUGGAAAGGGUGAACCAACUAUCAUUACUCCCAAGCAGUAUCGCCAGCGCUUCCUGAGUGCCAUGGAGAGGUACUUCCCCUUGGUCCCCGACAGGUGGAUGAAGCAGAAGGACACUCCUGAGGAGGAGGGCGACAGUCUUCUAGAUCUCUGGCCUGACUGGUAAUGCAUCCCAUGAGCGCUAUCAUGGUUUCUCGCCGCCAUUCGCGACUUUAUCUUCCCG